AUGCCGCACAUUCGCAGUGAUUCCAACUUGAAUUUAUGCCCGGAUUACAAUUCGGAGGACUUCACGAACACUCGAGCGCAGCUAGUGAAUGAUAACACUACAGAAGAACAAGCGGUGCAGUUGCUCAGAAAUAUCUGGCUAGCUAACAACAAUCUAGACAAGCGUUUAUGGCAACAACAGCUGGAGAAUGACAGGGAGGAAUUAGCCCAUCAGCGACACAUGGAAGAAGAUGAGCAAGAGCGUUUGAAACAAGAACGUAUCAAUGAGGAGGAGGACGCACGCAAGGAAGAACGCAAAAAGAAUAAACACAAAUACAUUCCAAUUCAGAAUUCGGGCAUACCAGACGACCUGGCGGUCACUCCUUGCUCAUACGCGCUGCGCAAGCUCGACAAGGGAGAGUAUCUUGAGUUGUGGUAUUUCACAAACAGCGGAUUAGAUGAAGCCUCAACUAAGAAGACGGUAGACAACGAUGCAAUGAUUCUAUCCUCGUUACCGGACGGUUCAACAGCUUGGGUGUCAUCAGCCUCGACUCGUAGCGCACGUUCAGUCGUCAACGACGAGGACCUACCAUUCGAGGAAUUCUGUCAGGCAUGUCCUCGUUUCCUAGCAGCCUUA